UGGCCCAACUCUGAUACUUGCUCUAACACGAGAAAAUGCUGUAGCACACUGGAGAGAUUUAUUAGGCCCAAAGACUGUUGAGGAAGCUAUGAAGGAAAAUCCGAACAGUUUACGUGCACAGUAUGCAGUCAGCAACGUACCAAUUGGUCAGCUGCAUGGCAGUUCCACACCUGAUGAUGCUCAGAAGGAAUUGGAGUUCUUCUUCCCAGAGGAGCACACUUUUGCAUUAAUCAAGCCUGCUGCUGCUGCAAAGUAUAAAGAUGUCAUUUUGCAGAAAGUGAAAGACGCUGGAUUUACCAUCUCAAAGUUUAAAGAAGAAUCUUUAACUCGUGAAAUGGCUGCACAGUUUUAUCAUGAUCAUGAAGGAAAACCCUUUUUUGAAGACUUAUUGUCCUGUAUGACUGAGGGCCCAUCGGUGAUAAUGGUCUUAACAAAGGAAAAUGCUGUGGAAGAGUGGAGGAAUCUAAUGGGUCCAGUUGAUCCAGAAGUGGCAAAAGAGACCUCCCCUGAAUCAAUUCGAGCUCAUUUUGCAGAAGAUAUUUUGUCUAAUGCUGUUCAUGGAUCAUCAACUAAGGAACAUGCACAGAAAAGCAUUGAGUGUGUGUUUGGAGAGCUCGAUCUAGACUGA